CCUUCGGCUAAGCCUGCUGCCCAGAGCCCCAUGAAGCUGACCGCCCUGCAGCUGCUGCUGUGGCACAGCGCACUCUGGAUGGUGCAAGAAGCCGCCCCCCUGGGCCCUACCGGCCCCCUGCCCCAGAGCUUCCUGCUCAAGUGCCUAGAGCAAAUGAGGAAGGUCCAGGCUGAUGGCACAGCGCUGCAGGAGACGCUGUGUGCCACCCACCAGCUGUGCCACCCUGAGGAACUGGUGCUGCUCGGGCACACUCUGGGCAUCCCCCAGCCUCCCCUGAGUAGCUGCUCCAGCCAGGCCCUGCAGCUGAUGGGCUGCCUGCGUCAAUUGCACAGCGGCCUCUUCCUCUACCAGGGCCUCCUGCAGGCCCUGGCAGGGAUAUCCCCCGAGUUAGCGCCCACCUUGGACACACUGCAGCUGGACAUCACCGACUUUGCCAUCAACAUCUGGCAGCAGAUGGAAGAUCUAGGAAUGGCCCCCGCCGUGCCACCUACCCAGGGCACCAUGCCAGCCUUCACCUCGGCCUUCCAGCGCCGGGCAGGAGGUGUCCUGGUGGCCUCCAACCUGCAGAGCUUCCUGGAGCUGGCAUAUCGCGCUCUGCGCCACUUUGCCAAACCCUGAGCAAAACCCUCCCCAGCCAGUGUAUUUAUCUUUAUUUAAUAUUUAUGUUUAUUUAAAUCUAAUAUUUAAAGAUGAGGACAAACAGAAAGGAGCCCUGCACUCUUGGGUCCUUCCUGCCGUCUCUGAGUUUCAUUCUCCUGCUUUUGCAGGGAGAAAAGCCCCUGUAUUCCUGUCCCCUGGACGGGGAGGUAGAUAGGUAAAUACCAAGUAUUGAUUCCUGUGACUGCUCCCUGGCCUGGCUCUGUGGUGGGCACUGGGUAGAAUCCCAGUGACCCCCUUACAAGGGUACCCACCUUGAGGCCCUUGGAAGCAUCAGGAAGUCUUCCAGGUGGGAGACAAAACAACCCUGUUUAAUAUUUAAACAGCAGUGUUCCCCUACUGGGUGCCCCCCCACUCUGGCCUCACCAACUUGGCUUGCACGUGCCAGGUGGGCUGUCUCGCUUCUCCUCACGUCCCCUUCCCCACAGGCAUCAAGCCCGGCAGAGGCAGCCAAAGUGGGGAGGCUUGACCCUGGGGUCCCACGAAUGUGCUGGGGAAUCUAGUUUUUAAGAUGUUUUCGGGAAUAUUUUGACUUCCAGUUAUGGGGAGCCUCGGCAUCACUCUCUCCUCUUUCUCGAUGCCCUAUGGCAACAAUGACAGGCUCCUGACACCUGCCCCACUCUCACCAGGGUCAGGAUUCUGACCCUUCAAGGGCUGGCCAGCGGGUCGUGUGUCAGCCCU